AUGAGUUAAUUGCUUUCCUCUACUGCUGAAGAUUGUCGUCAGCUCGCAUAAAAUUCAACAUACUCUUCUGGCUUCAUUCAAGGAAUGCUUAUUACUUUCCUAUUGAUUAUUAUACUUGAAAUUCUAAAGAUUGUAGAAGCCUACAUUAAAAAUAGCAAUAAGAAACCAGUAGAAACUCUCAUUAAGCCAGCCAAGAAUUCUUAUUUAAAAUAUGCAAAUAAAGAGGAAAUAUUUUAAGAGCGACCAUCAAAUAUUUCUUAAACUAGUAAUACUCCAUAUAUUACAAUUUAGAGGAAAACAAUUUCUCAGUAAAUAUUUAUGUCAAAAAAGGAAAGUUUUGAAAGCAAUCAAAAUAUAUUUGACAGUCCACGUCUAUCUGCAGUAGGAGAAAGUAGUCCUAAUAAUUCCACGUAAGUAAUCGAGCAGGAAUCCUAGAUCAAAGAAAAUACUAUUUAGCAGCCUCUAGGUAGAAGGGCUCAACUAAGACUCGAUUUAAUGGAUUAUAUUCAUCAACUCACUGAUUUAAAAUAAGACUCAGUGAUUAUAGAAAAAUAACCUGAAUUUACUCUGAGGCGGAAGCACUUUGAUGACAACACUCCAGCUGUAAUGUUUGUAGACCAAGAAAUAAUGGGAUCAGUACCUGAGUAAUUUCUUUAUAUAUUCAAGAAUAUGACGACUACAUAGACAACAUGGAACCCUGCUUGCUCUUCUUGUAAGGUAUUUAAGGUUGAAGAAGGUGUAGAAAUAUUAGCUUCACUAGUUAAACCUCCAGUUGCAUUAUUAUCAGUGAGAGUUGUAUUUGGAGCACAAUACUACUUUGAAUAUCCAGAUAAACAUGAGUAUAUAAUAAUAUUCUCAAACAGAGGAAACGAAGAAGUUAUUGAAGAAUAUAAGAAUUAGCAAACAAGCAAUUACUAUACUAUGGUUAACUGUCUUGUUUCAUCUUACUGGCUAAAGCCUAUAUACGCUGAUCAUGAUAAAGAGAAAAAGAAAAUUAUAGGUACUAGAGCAUUUCACAUUAGUUAAAUUGACUUUGGGAACAUCCCUAAUUGGGUAAAAAACAAAAUAGGGCCAAGUGCAAUCAAUGACACCUGGUAAAAGAUAGUUAGUUUCAGUAAAUCUGUACAACUCUGA